UCGGUGAUUGUGACGCUUGGGUCAAUAGGGCUAUGGUGGCUGGCCUCCACACUAACAGGUCUACGCAGAUGCCGCCUUUCAUCCAUACGAGUUUCCGAGCGAAAAGUCUGGUUGCGUGGCAAGCCUCCUAAUACCGCUAUUCCACUGGUUGAAGUGAGAAUACAAUUAGUGCAGCCACCUGUCGGUAACGGUGGUAAAUCACCAGGAGCCGCAUUGCCAGUAGAUCCAGUGAUGCUGACAAGGGCUGGUGGACCGCAAAGUGACGAAGCAAAAUUCGUCUGUGCGGAACAAAGAAUGCCAUCAAUAAAAUAA